GGCUCGUCUUUGUCAUUACAGUGACAAUGACAGAUGCGGAGGCAGUGGCAGGUGGAAUUGCUCAGUUACCAUGCGACGUGGAACCUCCAGUCCCCGGGGACAAGCUGCAUCUAGUUAUUUGGUACAAGGAGGAAGCAGACGCACCGAUAUACAGUUUCGACACGAGGGGUCGAAGCAACCUGGAACAAGGGAAACACUGGCAGGAUAUCAGCCUCGAAAAUCGUGCCUUCUUCAGAUAUUCAGAACACCCCGCGAAACUCAUUCUCGAGAAAGUCGGUGAGAGCGAUGCCGCCGUUUACAGAUGCAGGGUCGAUUUCAAGCAAUCCCCCACCAGGAACAGCAAAGUGAAUCUCACGGUUAUCAUACCGCCGGAGCAGCUUAGCAUAUUGAACGAAGAUGGAACGUCUCAUAUUCCCUAUUACAUCCUGGGCCCGUACACCGAGGGCGCAUCUCUGAAUAUUACCUGCGACGCUACUGGUGGUCGACCUCAGCCAAGAGUGACGUGGUGGCAAGAGAACGCUCUCCUCGACGACACUUACGAAACUAUUGAAACGAAGAAGGUACGGAAUGUGCUGCGAUUGGAAAAGUUGGGCCGAGAGCAUCUGAACACGGUUUUAACUUGUCAAGCUUCGAAUAACAACAUGGUCGCUCCGAUAUCCAGUUCUGUUACUCUCGAUAUGAAUCUGAAGCCAUUGUGGGUCCGUAUGCAAGGGAAGAACCAUCCAUUUAGCGCUGGCACCAUAUACGAGAUCACUUGUGAAGUGGUUGGGGCCAGGCCGACGCCGAAAAUCACGUGGUCUAAGGGUAGCAUGAUGCUCAGGGACACCAGACAAACGAUAAGCCCCGACAACAACAUCACCAUGAGCGUCCUCACGUUCGUGCCGACUAUCGAGGAUGCGGGCAAGUUCCUCUCCUGCCACGGGAGUGUGCAGAAUAUCCCGGAUUCCGAGAUGAAGGACGAGUGGAAGCUCGACAUACACCACGAGCCGGUGGUUACCCUCGAGCUCGGCAGCAAUUUGAACUUGAGCGCAAUCCGCGAGGGUAUCGACGUUUACUUCGAGUGCAAUAUCAAGUCGAAUCCGUGGGUGUACAAGGUCUCCUGGAGGCACAACCGUAAUCCGUUGUAUCAUAAUCAAGCGACUGGAACCAUAAUCAGUAAUCAAAGCUUGGUACUGCAAAGCGUGACUCGUAGCAGAGCCGGGAUCUACACGUGUAUUGGCAGCAAUCAGGAAGGCGAUGGAGAGAGCAAUCCACUGAAUCUGGACAUCAAAUUCGCUCCAGUUUGUCAUCACGGUCAGGUGAAGGUAUUCGGUGUGGCUCGACAGGAAACCGCGAGGAUACCGUGCGAGCUCGAGGCAAAUCCACCGGAAGUAACGUUUAUGUGGAAGUUCAAUAACACAAUGGAGACGAUCGACAUACCUCAAGCACAAGUCAUCAGCGAGCGAACACGUUCCACGGCCUCUUACACACCAAUGACCGAGUUAGACUAUGGUACUCUGCUUUGUUGGGGUACAAAUGAGCAGGGAACGCAACUUGAACCCUGUGUCUAUCACAUUGUCCCAGCUGGUCACCCGGACACACCGCGCAAUUGCUCUCUUUUGAACCAGACAAUAGACUCGCUGUACGUGGAGUGCAUCGAGGGGUUCGACGGUGGCCUGCCGCAGAAGUUCACGAUACAGGUGGACCGUGAGUCGGGAACAAGCAGCAUAUCCUCGAAACCGAGCACCACGGUUUACAAUCAAACGAGCAAAGUGCCAUCGUUCUCGGUCGGAAAUCUCGAGCCGGGGACCACGUACGACGUCCACAUAUACGCGAGCAACAGCAAAGGUCGAAGCGAGAGUGUCCACUUCCGUGCAACCACCCUGAAUCUGCCCGAAAGGCGAACAGGUGAGAAGCUGGCGCAACCCCCUCCCCCGGAGAAUUGUACGAUCAGGGAAGAGAGUCGGACAACGGUGAGGGUGAGCUGCGCCGAGAGCGAGUUCAUCGACCCCCGUACUGCCACCUAUGUCCUCCAGGUCUUCGACGCGGACACGAGGCGUCUUUUGGCGUCCGCGACGAGCAUGACGCCUAGCAUGCUCGAGAUCACCGAUCUGCCCGCGGAGAGGAGUUACUCGGGCCUGGUGCUCUCGCUGAGGAUCAUGACGGAGCACGCGAUGAGCGACGCAACGGUUCUUCACAGCCCGCACUAUGUUCAGGAGGGUAAGAUAAAGGAGCAUCAAGCAUACCCAGCUCUCACGCCAAAGAUACUGUCGCUGUCCGGACCACUGUUCGGUAUGGUAGUCGGAUCGACAGCAGGUGUCCUACUAGUGGGCUUCGUGAUAACCCUGGCGGUGAAAUUACGGCUUCGAGCAAGGUCUCAGGAGGACAAGGACUCUCACGACGACGGUGGCAUGGCAAACCUGGCCGCGUCCGGUACCGGCAGCUCCUCUCCACGUGAUAAAUCGUCGACCCUACCUCUCAAUUCCGACAGUAUUGAGAGUUUCGAGAAGGAUCCAGAUAUAAUUCCUCACGCUAAUGAGAAUUCUUACUCUGAAUUGUGCAAGAGUACUUCACCACGUUAUGUAUUACACCAGCCACGAUCGGAUGCAAGUACUUUUACCAAUACAGGCAACGGAUCAGAGUUAACGUACGCCGAGCUGUCGCUUCGGGGUAACCGACGAAUACCUCCUAAUUGUUAUCAGCCAGUACAGGUAUCCAAUAUUCAACGACCUCAACUGCUGCCCAUGUCGACUCUGACGCGUAGGCAACCUAUCCAGGAACCGACGAUUUACGCGCAAGUCGCCAGUCAUUCUAAGCCGAUUUAUGUUCCACCUCCACAUCCAUACAUGAGUCGUAACAAUGACGAGACCACAGCAGAAACUCCAUUAAUCGGACAUGACAAUAAGAUUACUACCAUCAGCCAAUCUGGUAGCUCAAUAUGGCGUACCGAUACACCACCAGUCUCAAAUGCACCAACGACAUGAUUCUAAAACUUUCUAUCAUUCGAAGCAACGUUCUACUCUUAUAAACGUUUUUCCACGCACCGUUAAUUACAAAAAAAAGUUAAACUCAUUUAAUAAAUAGAAAACAAGAAAACAAGAAAAAACAAAAAGAAAAAGAAAAGACUACCGCACGAUCCUCGUAAAUCAUUUACGAACGGAACGACGCGACGUGUAUGAUAUGUUAUCGUUAAACUUUCUCGUACAUAUGUUACAGAAGGUUCUCAAUAAAUAAUGAACGAUGAAAGUAAUAUAAAAACACACGCACACACACAUACACCCACACACACAAAUGUUUGCGCGAAAUAUAAUACGAAUAUAUUAUAUGCUUUCCGAAUGAUUUGUGAUAGAGUUAUUAUUGAAAUGCGGGAAUGAUUAUGUCGAAAUCGCGAUGUCUCGAACUUCUUGUCGAGAUAUCGAGAAUUACGAUAUCUCGAAUAGAAACGAAUUUUCUGUUUCGCGGAUAAAACAACCGAUGGCGCAGUAAUCGACAGUAAUGGUUCUAAUAAUUGAAAAAUGUGAAUUUCGUUGGCCCUUCUCAACUAUAAAAAAAUGAAAAAAAAAAAAAACAAAAAUAGAGAAAACGAUUGAAAAAAAAAUUGCAAAAUUUUCUAUCAUAAUUCAUCAAUUCGAAUUAUAACAUAUAUAUAAAAAUGUGUUCUCAUUGUAUACUUUGACUUAGUUGGUAAAUAGAAUACUUAUCAUUUGCGAUAUCACAAAGUACAAUCAAGAUGGCAAAUCCCUAAUUGUUUUUUCGUUCAGUAUUACGUCUACAAAGUAUAAUUUGUAGAAAUGCGUUAGAAUUAAUGAGAUGAUAUUUAUGUAUAUAUAUAUAUUGAGCCUGCGUCGAAAGUUAAAACGUCUCGAGGUGUUUUUCCGCAGCUUAAUUAUUUAUUGUUAAACAUAAAUGACGCGAAAAAUUUCGUGUACAGAUUUAGAUAAAUGCGGUGUUAUUAUAACGAUGUUAUCUAAUCAUAAAUAGAAUUUAAAGAGA